GUUUUCCGCCAGUGAAGACUUUAUCGGAGUUGUGAGUGCCCCGUCGUUCCUCGGAGAGUGUUUUACCAGUGAGCUGCCGGACCGACGUCUCCAUGGGCGUGAGUCGUAAUUUCUCGAGAUUAGCAGUACAAGGAGCGCAUCAGUACUACUUAGUAUUCAUUGAAUUUGAGGCCGAGUUGAUGUGAGAUUCGAGAUAACAUUCAUACUUCAAGUUCAAGUGGCAGCUACGCAACAUUUUCCCGACGACAUUAGAAUUAGCUUCAUUGAAGAGGAAUAAACCGGCCAUAGCCAUACAACUCAUCAUGGCGAGCCCUGGGACGACGACAAAAUUCGGCAAGCCGUCGAAGGCAGUAGCGUCCAAAGUCUUCGUUGUUGCGUCGGCACUUCUAGGAGGAACAAUACAGCGCGGCCUCUCGUCAACACUAUCCUCUUUUCCGAGCCGGAGCCAUUUCGUUCUCGCCCAGGAGUAUGAUCACAACGACCGAGCGUCAUCUUCUUCACGUAGUAGUCCUUUGUUCUCUUGGCUGGAUCAGCAAGAGCUGGAGUGGCAAAGACAUGGCGACGACGACCGCCCCCUCAUAGAGUCCCUCGUACCCGUCGGAGCGCUGCAUGGGACCGCUUUGUUUCGGGACAAGAUCAAGAAGAGACAAGAACUAGUACCUGGAAUAAAGACCAGAAGAAGUACAACUUCUACAACUACUUCCGAGCUCGACGUGGCGCGGAAAAACCUCAGAACCGCGUCUACCCUGGAAGAUGAACAACGACCCGAAGUCGACCAGCACGACAACUGGAUGCGCAUGCUCACACGAACGAAAAAUGGCCGCAAAGUGCUCGCGAAGCUGUACGCGCGAAGCAAACCGGGCGAGCACCCGGACGCCGUUUUGGAGCAGCACCUCGACACGGUGAUCACGGAACUCCGGGACGAGGAGGAGAGGGCGAGGGGUGGUGUAUCCGAGAAGACCACAAGAACGUCCUCUGGUGCAACUACAUCAAACCGAGGGGACUCGGUGUCUGCGGGAGGUACUACGACUAGCGCCUUACAAACGAAAGAACAAGAGCCGAUCCAAAUCGUGCAGAAUCCGGCGCUGAAGCUUUACGUGGACAAUCUGGACGUGCUUUCCAAGCAGGCGGAGACCGCUAUGAGACAGAGAAAAGCUAGCAGGGAAUAUUUGUAAUGCAAAAACAAAUACAUGAAGGCAAGGAUUUGGAUUCUGUCUUGCGAUGCGUGGCCUAAAAACCGUGCUAUGGGCCUCUGCGCAUGACAAAUUUAUUUGGCUAGUUAUUUCUGCAUUACAAAUGUGGCUAUGUUAGCUUUUCUCUGCCGGGAUAACCGCGGACUCGCAGUUCCGAGCCGCGAUGAGCUACGGGAAUAUGGCGUCGGCCGAGCUGGACGAGCUCGGCGUGGACGACAAAGGAAACGAUUUACCCUAUCCUGAGUAAAAACGUACACACACGACCAGAGUUGUGAUGGGAUUUGCAAAGACAGGAAGACUUGUAAUGCGCAUCCCCAUGAGAGCCAUUUCCAAUCGUGUUUUGGAAUUUGUGAUGCUGUGAACAGGAUGAGCAGAUGAAUCUGUGAUGCGGCUGCACUUGCUAACCUGCACUACACUGCAGAGUGCAACUUGUCAUGCGUGACUCACAAAACUCCUAGGCUUGUGCUGCACAAUCCGCAUCCUGACUCUGGUGUGGGUACGUUUUUACCUAGGAUAUACCCUACUCGAAGAUGGUGGCUAUGUACUGCAAAAGUACAACCGUACGCGUAUGAAUUGCAGUCAUGCGUGACAAAUAUGCUUCUUGUUCUUGCCAAGGUAAAUCAGCGUCACAACUUCUCUUUGUCAUGCUGAUGUUAAAUUUGUAUUGCAGUUUAUUGCAAUUACUACUAGUACGAUCGAUGCACUUUUGCAAUUCAUAGUGUCGGAUGUCCAGCAAAAGCUGGACCAGCGGCGAGACAAACUGGAAAAGGAGCUGGACCGGAGCUCGCACUUGGCCGAGCACGUGCUCAGCGCUGGUCUGAAGGACACUCUGGCUGGGCGAGGCACCAGGAUGCGGAAGGCGGAUGAAGGGUUGGAGGAACGUACUUCUAUGUCAGGUUGAUGAUUCUAUCGAAGAGCAGGAUUUCGUUCUCGUACGUAGUGCAGAUUUUCGCGAUGAAGAGGUGUUUUUCUGAUGCUCAUGCUUGUUUGUCCAUGAAAGGUGUACUCGUUAAAUAUCGCCGUAAUAUCGAUAAAGCACCAGCAAAAACUUGUUCUAUCAGGCGUAACGAAAAAUUCCGACGGGACAAAGACGUACCACUUGACAAAGGAGGAGACAGUGGACUUGAAGAAUCAAAUCGAUGAGCACACGCACGUGGACCCGCGACGGCACAAGGAGGCGAAUCUGAAAAUCGACGAGCUCCUGCAAAACCGACUGGACGAUGCGAAUGACCACUUGCGUAGCAUGCAGCUGUAUCAACAGAACAAACUGUUCGGGCCGCGGAAGGGGUUGGCCGAGCUGGUGGACAAAGAAACAUUUCCCGCGAGGUAUUACAAUGAAAAAUGCUCCCACCCCCGAACUUGGGAGCAUUUGUAUUGCAAACCUUUCCAAAUGAAACACUCGCCCGCUUGCAUCUAGCAGCAUCACAGAUUUCCGAUCGUGAGUAGCAAAAAUUUGUAUUGCAAAAGAUCCCAGCAAGAGCGGCGCUUGUCAUGUAAGCGAUGCGAUACACGCCUAGAAUCAGCAUCAGAAAGAUUCAUACUCCUUUCAUGCAUGACAAAAAGUUUAUUUAAUUUGGAAACUUAAACUUUGCAUCACAAAAUUUUGCAACUUCGGGGGUGAUGGCAUUUUUCCUCGCGAUACGAGGUCGCACUACGAAGCUCUACCCGUGGCCCCGGCGGUGGAUGCGCAGAAAGCCGUGAAUUUGGACGAGGAAGGGGACUAG